AUGUCUUCACACUCAAAGGUAGGGAGACGUCGUAGUAGCCGUCCAGGGUACACUGCAACUAUGGCGCCCAAUGCUGCGCCCAAUGCUGCCCCGGCACACCCCAAGGAAGAACCUUCUACACAACUUCAUGACGAGGCUGACCUCAUAUCCUUCCGCUCAGAUGCUCUUUCUAGAUUCAUAACAAACCAAGAAUACUUGGAAAACGUCACAUCCAAAUAUGUACAUACUUCAAAAAUCAUCCCUCCUAGAGCCUUUCCAGAACCAAGUGAAUUGGAUAAAUCAAAUGAAUUAUAUUUUGGUAACUUGGAUAAAAUGAAGGAAAAGCUGAACCUCUUAAAAGAACAAAUUGAACAAUUGCGUAAAGAAUCAUCAAGUAUCCCAUUCAAUGAGGAAUACAUUUUCCAACAACAGGCUAUAAAGAAACUUUACCUGCUUCAAAAUAAACUUGAAACCAAGCAAUCGCUUGAAGAUUUAAAUUCUGAAUAUCGUUCUACAACCAAUCAUUUAAAAUCAAAUUACAAACGGAUUUUUAAGUCGUAUCCAAAAUAUAAAAGGUUUAGUGCCAACUUUAAUAUCGAUGUUACAAGAGCUCCAGAAAAUUAUAAUCCAGAACUGAUCAAUUCAAUGAUAAAUAUCCAACGAGGAGAUCCUGGUUUGGCUGGACCAACAGGUGAUGCAGUGCCUCUUGGCCAGCAAAUGCAAGUAACCAGUUCUGUAGGUUCCAUUAAUUCUUCUCAUUCCUACAUCGAUCAUGGUGCUGUUUCUGUACCUAUGAGUGGAAGUGGGAGUGGUAAUGGAACUGGAAGUGAAGGCAAUCAAACGUCUAAUAAUGUUGGCGGAGAUGUAUCUAAUACUAUAGAAGUGGAUAAUAUUGGUUCUGUUUCUGCUCUGAUUGUUCCAACGCCUGUUCAAGCCAAAAGUCCUGAGAAUUCUGCUACUUUAACGAAUUCUGAGCAAGGUCCAAAUGGCACUGGUGAUGUUGUGGAUGCUGAUGCUGGUUCUACUGCUCCUGUUGUUGAAUCUGGGGCCAGUUUGCCAAGUGGUGAUUUGUCUGGACCAACUACUGGACCAUCUGGAGCUCCUGCUUCGCCCAUUGCAUCUAUAUCUGUACCCGAAACGAUUCCCGAAUCCGAACCACCUGUACCUGCUGUAAAUAAUGAUACUACACCAGUAGUGGCUGACCAAGCUGCAUCUGGAACAGGAACUUCAGAACCUUACCAAGAUGGAAUGGAGUUUAUGGAAGACUACGAACCUAGUAAUACACAAGAUGUACAUGAUCAUCACCGAGAAGAAAGUACCAACGCUGCAGGCAGCUUUGCAAUGAUGGCAGAGCCACCAAAAGUGGAUGACCUUAACAAUUUGUUCGAUGAGGAAAAUGGUGUACUUCCAGAAGAUGAAAUAAUGGAUGAUGAUAUGGAUAAUCUUAUUAAUUUCCAAGGCGAUGAUGCGGACUUGAUGGAAGGGGGUACAUUUGAUCAAGACUUUUUAAGUCAAAUUGACCAUUCUAUGGAAUAA